CUUUGAUAUAAGGCUGCCAUCACACACCUGACUCAUUUCUCAUCUGACUAUUGCUCUGAGAAUCACACUCACACACACAGAGACAGAGAGAGAGAAUGGCUCGAAUCUCAACUACCACGAUCAUGCUGAUUAUUACAGCUCUCAGUGUACUCCAUACAGAUGCCUCAGCUCUGUCAUGUUGCAGAAAGUACAGUAAAGGAGUAAUACGUAAUAUGGCAAUUAUCAAAGGGUAUUCCAUUCAGACCAUAAGAGGAAAAUGUAACAUCAACGCUGUAAUAUUCCACACAAAUGGAGGUAGGAAUAUUUGCACAGACCCCUCAAAAACCUGGGUGAUGGACAACAUCCGUAAACUGAGGGAUAAAGUGCAAGCAAUCAGGAAAAAGCAUUCAAAAUUAUAAUUCCAAAACUUCUGGGAUCAAAAAGAUGUUCUUAACAGAAUAAUUCAUCACAAAGAUCCUACUUCUUUAUGCACUUUGCAUAGCUACUCUGCAUAUUUGUAUAUGCAUGUUACUUUUUAUUUUAUUUUUUGAAUUUGCUUUAUUUUAUUCAAGGCAUUCAAAUUAAUUUUCUAAGUAAAGUGGAAACUUGCCUUCUGUGUUUAUUUUUAAAUGUCUUUCAGUUUUAAUAAAAUCUAAUAGAUACAGAUACUGUAAAAUUCCGUUUCAGAAUAACAGUAAUAUACAAAUGCGCAUGGGAUGUAAAAUGCAUAUAUAAAUAUACAUAAAUACAGUACUGUAGCACUACAGUGCAUGUGCAAAGUAUAUUGACUGAAACGGCAAAUGAAUUCAUUUGCAUUCAUGCUGUGACUGAUUAAAAGGCUAUGACGUAAUUUGUCAAGGUUAACAGAAUGCUAACAACUCUAAGGUGAAAUAUUCCAUGUACGAAACUCCCUGGGAAUUAACCUUGUUGAUGCAAUCUAGGAAGCAUUGGAAUGCGGAACAAUUUCUGUAGGGAUUAAAAUAAACAAACCUUGAAAUAUAAUCUGUAAAUCUGUCAAAUGCAUAGAGAUAGCCGACAUGCACAACGUAAAACAAGCACACCUCUUGUGCGUUGAGCUCUACCAGAGACUUGACUCCACACACAGACUAAAACGAUGAAGUUCUCAAAAAGUCCACCAGGUGUCGCCCUCACCCAUAAAACAAAUGAACCCUUAAAAGAUUUUUGUUCACUGAACAAAGAAAUCAAAACAACCUGUUUACUUUCAUGAUGCUCCACAACCCGAGUGACUCUUUCUUCCGUAAAACACAAAGAGUGAACUUUUGAAGACGAUCCUGUGCCACUCAAUUAAACUCAAUUUAAUGCAAGUUAAUGAUGUGAGCAAAGUCAAAAACUUUUGAUUUGGUCUUUUCCUCACACAAAGCCAUCGUAUGGCUUCAGAGACACAAAUCAUUUACACCACUUUUAUGAUAAUCUACUUUUAUUACUAUUUUACUACUAUUUAUUUUUUUAUGUCAUACUGGAGCGUAACAGACCCAGUCCUUGUUCAAUUUUUUAUAAACAGACACACACAACGGGGCCGCGUGCAUCUCUCUCUCUCUCGAACUGGUGCCUCUGGCUCGUCUUUAUCCCCCUCCUGGCUGAUUAACCCAAUUCAGGACUGGCCAUGUGUCCUAACGGCAAGGCCCCGCCCUCCUCCUCUUCACAAUUACAUAUUAAAAUAGCUAUUAUUCUUCAAAUAUUCAAAUUACCAUGAACUAAGCUUAACUUUAAUACAACUUUUGACAUUUGUAGAAUUGAAUUAGAACAUAGUGUAAAUAUGGACCAUAAGGAUAUUCUUCAUUGGCUAGUGUUUUUGGACUAUAAAGUCUAGCUAGGUUAGACACACACACAAGCACACGCACACGCACGCACACACACACUUCCUGCAGCUGAGUGGUUUAAUUAACAGCGACACUCUCCAGUCGUUAUGACUGGCAAUGACAUCAUCGCCUUGGUCCUCUGCACCACUGCACACACAGAAGACAUCCUGCGGAAUAAUGGAGAAACAUACAUUCCUAAACACCCACACAUGCAAACAGGAACUCGGCAACAAAUACAGCUUCACUGCCCAGCUCUGAUCUUUCCCUUUUAUGUAAUCACACAGUGAACAGCAAACUCCCCCAACACAUGAACUCAUGGAGCCACACGUACUGUAUGAAUGUCUAGUUUCUUUUUUAAAAUUUUUUUUUUACUGAUAUACUUGUCAAAAACCCUUUCAGAUAAAGAGCUAAUAAUUUAACACUCAUCACAGUUUGAAGAAACCAAGAAAUCAAAAUGGGAGUUUGGUGGCUUUUCGAAAUGUUCUGCCCAUAGACCUUAUUCACGCUAGCGCCAUCUUUGAUUUUUAAUGGGAAUGACAAUGAGGCUGUGAGGGAUAGACUUACAGUCUCUUCAAUGGCAUGAACGGUAUAAAGCUGUAUAAAGCUCCUAGAUCACAUCUGAUUUUCCACAACUCAUGUUGUCUGGAGUUCUUUGUACACUCUUAAAAAUAAAGGUUCUUGAAUGGUUCUUUACAGCAUCUUAGGUUCUGCAAAGAACUAUCUUACUUUAUACCACAGGUCUGUUGAAUACUUGAUUCUGAUUGGUUCAAGGACAUUCUAAGGUGUGCAAUUAUUUUUCAAGGAAACGCAUGGAUAUAAAGUAGUUCCAGGUCUUGACCGCAUAACGGUUCCAUAUCACUUCGCCAAAUUAAGUUGUUUCAAAGAGCCCUUUAUAGGAGGAAGAAGAGAACCAUUUUUCACUGUAUAGUGUUCUUGAAUUGGUUCUAGGGUUCUUUGGAGUUUAAAAAAGUUAUUGAUGUUAUUUUAAAGGUUCUUCAGAUCCGUAUAUUAGUUCUUGGAAAAGUGAAGCUUCCUGAAACCAUCCACAUCUAGUCUCCACUUUAACUUUCUCUUUCAGAUGUGAAAGUGAAACUAAACAUACACCACAUGUCCACAAAUUGGACAUUUAGAGUAAAAAAAAAAGGACUUAAAUAUUGUUCUGUUUCUCACCCACACCUAUUAUAACACUUCUGAAGACAUGGAUUUAACCACUGGAGUCUUAUGGAUUACUUCUAUGUUUCCUUUAUGUGAUUUUUGGAGCUACAAAUGUCUGAUCACUUGCAUUUUAUGAACCUACAGAGCUGAGAUAUUCUUCAUCUGGGAUGAAAUGAGGGUGAAUAAAUGAUGAGAGAAUUUUCAUUUUUGGGUGAACUAUCCCUUUAUUUAAAGUGAGCUUGCUGGACAAAUUCUGAUCAAUUGCAAGGAUAUUGCACCCUAUUGUAUAUACACAUUUUUAGGGACUAUGAACACUAUCUACUGUUUCCAGAAAGUGAAACUUCAUUAACAAAUUGGCCUUUUUUAUGUUUCCUAGGAGAGCACUAUUGGAAUCACUAUGCAAUGAGUUUAAAUGAAUAAUUCAUCCAAAAGGGAAAUUUCUGUCAUCAUUUACUUAUUUAAUAAAUGUCUCAUUGGCAGAAUUCAGUACAAUGGCAGUACAUACGUAUAUGGGCUCACUUUAAAGAUUAAUAAAGCAAAGUCUUCUGAAAGCAUACUAUCACCUUGUAUGAUGAACAUAUUUUAACCUAAGUCGUUAUUUACACUCAUUAAAUCAUUAAUAAACCAAUUCCAUAAACAGCACUGAAAUCCAAACCUGACAUCAAACCGGGUUCUUGUACAUCUGGCGACAAAGCAUUAUGACAUCAUGUCGUAAGAACCAAUGAGGUUUGAUAUCAUCGAUGUGACCACCAUAUUGGAUUUCAGCACUGUUUUUGGACUACAUUAAUUAUUUGAUUUGAGAGGGAAUAAUGGCUUAAAUUUCUGUCUGUUUAUCAUGCAAAGUGAUUGUAUGCCUUCAGAAGACUUGGUAUAUGACGCAUGGACAACUUUAUUGACUUCACAGCAUUAAAGUGAGUCCCUCAACUGAAUUGCUCAACUAGUAAAGAUCAUGGGUUCAAUUCCCAGGGAACACACAAUCUGAUAAAAUAUAUACCUUCAAUGCACUGUAUGUCGCUUUGGAUAAAAGCAUCUGCCAAAUGUAAAUGUAAUCAUUGUAUUGAAUUCUGCCAACAAGAUUUUAAAGUAUUUCGUUUUGAGUUCUGUAGAAAAUGUCAUACAGCUUUGGAACGACAUGGGGAUGAAUAUAUUAUUAUAGAAUUAAAAUUUUUAGGUGAACUACUUUGAAAAGAAAGACACCCUCUUAUAGUGGUGAAAGAGGUUCCUAAGAUGAAGUUCUCAACACUACAUUCCAGAGUGAUGAAGAAAAAAAAAGGUUUGUUUGCUCAGUAUACUGCACAAAUGAAUUAAGAAAGAAGCAUGUUUCUUCAACUAGCAUUGCCUUAUACUGAAAAUUCAUUCUUUGCAUAUUGUUUUUUAUUUUUGAUCAGACAAGAUUAUUAAUGCAGCUGUCUUGCAUUUCAUACUCGAUGAGAUAAGUUUAUAAAAUUCUCAUCAUCUCACCUUAUUUUUAUAUGAGAUUUAGCAUAUGG